GGUUAUUGAAAUAACUUACAUCAUAAUCACAAGAGAACAGUACAAAACUACUGGCUUUAUCCAUGAUGAAAUUAAUAAAUAAACCGAAAAAUAAUCAAGAAAAUUUGUAAAAAUGUAACCAACUGAGCCGCAUUUCUCUUACCAGCGGUUUCGAAUUGCAGAAAUUACCGAGUAGGGAGGAGUAGGGGUAGGCAGUCUAAAAGCUAUCAGGAGAAGACUCAACAGAUUUUUACAACACCUUUGACCUGAAACCUUUAUAUCUGAGACAAAAGGCGAGAAAUAAUUUCCAGAAUCUUGCCAUAAAAUCUUGUUUAUUAAAAUAUAAACUAAAAUAUGGACAUUCGGCUUCGAAGUCAUUAUAAAUUCGCAUUUUUCCCUACCCCUGAGAGAUUGUAAGACCAUUCACUAUCACGUGCUGAGUUGUUGAUAUCACCGAUCGCUGGUCGAAGGUGAUGUUUGGGGAGAGAAAGCGAAGGACAAAGUAGACUUAUGUAUUCUUCAGAACCAUGAGUUCGACCACGUUAAGACACAGAUCGACGCCCAAACGAGUGGAAAAGUCUACAGAAACGAAAUCGAAAACGAAGAACUCGAUUGUCGAUUAUGGAACACCGGUUCACAAGUGUGAAGAAUCCCUUUUAACAUCCACCAGUGGUUUUGACAACUACAGAGGGCUAGUGAACUUAUGUCUUGUUCUCCUGAUUUUGUCAAAUUUCAGAUUAGCACUUGAUAAUGUGCUAAAGUAUGGCCUACUUAUCGACCCAGUUCAGGUCAUAACAAUAUUUCUGGAAGAUCCAUACCGCUGGCCUUCAGCAUCACUUGUGAUCUUUUCGAAUGUUUUUAUCCAAGCAAUAUUUUGCUUAGAGAAGCUACUGGCCUUAGGCAAAAUAUCUGAGCGGAUUGGACGCUUUUUCCAUUUUGUUUUUCUUUUGACCAUGCUAAUAGUGCCAUGCACAGUGGUGCUAGUUUUCCAUCCUCCGCCAUGUAAGUACACUUACUAUAGAAGAAAAUGGAUUGUACCUACUGUUAAGAACUCCUGGAAACCUAUUCAGGAGAUGGACUUAGGCAGGGGCCUGGAGAGAGUGAUGAAACUUGCUGUCCCAAAUCAUUUGAUUUGGCUUUUAUGUUUUUAUGCAUUUUUUCAUAGUGGACUUAAUGUUACUGCUGAAGUUUUAAAGUUUGGGGAUAGAACAUUCUAUAAAGAUUGGUGGAACUCACCAAAUGUUGCCUAUUUCUGGCAAAACUGGAACAUUCCUGUUCAUCGCUGGGCGAGACGACAUCUUUACACACCGAUGCUGCAGUCAGGGUAUUCAUCCCGUCAGGCACAAGUAGCAGUAUUUUUGCUGUCUGCAUUCUUCCAUGAAUUUUUAGUCAGUGUUCCAUUGAGGCUUUUCAGAUUCUGGGCAUUCUUGGCAAUGCUUUCGCAAGUAAGUUGACAAAAUAAGUUUACAUAUGACUGUAAUUUCCAAUAUCCAGUAUCCAAUCUACAUUGUCAAGUUAAUAAUUAGGUGAUCAGAAUAAUUAUU